AUGGUGGUUAUGUUUGUAAACCUCAUGUUUUAUGUGUUAUUAAAACCACAUGCAAGGUGUUUGAUGAAAUGUCUGUGUAAGUUUUAUGUGAAAUCGAAAAGUGAUCCCAUACACGAGAAGCAGUUUAUGCCGUCGGUUGAGUUUUAUUGCAGAAGUGUGUGGUUUUAUGUUCCUUUGGUGUGGCUUUAUUGUUUUGUGAUACGUUUUGCUGAUUAUCCUAUCUUAAAAGAGCAGUUCUUGUGGCAAGUCAAGUUUGUACGUCACCUUGAGGCAGAGUCAACAAACACACAACCUGUAAUCCAGCCUAUUGUUGUCCCUGCUCUUCAAACGAGCGAGUCUGAGAAAACUAACGCCAUUGCGGCAGCACCAACAGACACACAGCCUAUUGGUGUCCCUGCUCUUCAAUAUAACGAGUUGAGGAAGAUUACUGCUAACUUUGGUUUUAGGUCAGAAAUCGGGGAAGGUACUUUUGGAACUGUGUACUUUGGUCACUUAAGCAGUGGCCAGGCUGCAGCUAUUAAAAGGUUAAAGCAAAAUGGACAAACAGACAAAGAAUUUUUAGCUCAGGUUUCUAAGGUAUCGAGGCUUAAACAUGAUAAUGUGAUUCAAAUGCUAGGAUUUGAUGAUCUGAGAAUACUUGCUUACGAAUACGCUCCAAAAGGAUCUCUUCAGGAUAUUCUUCAUGGCAAAAAGGGUGAAAAGGGGAGAAGAGGUGGGGUGACACGUGGAACACAUGUUAUAUUAGCAUGGUCCGAAAGAGUUAAAAUUGCUAUUGGGGCUGCAAAAGGGCUUGAAUACUUGCAUGGAAUGGAGAUUAUCCAUCGUGAUAUAAAGUCUAGUAAUGUUCUGGUUUUCGACGACUAUGUUGCUAAGAUUGGGGAUUUUGAUUUAUCACACCAAACCGACAUGUCACCGUCAGAACGUUCUCAUUCUACCCAAGGUUUUAACUUUGGUUCUAAUGCACCAGAAUAUGCCUUGACUGGACGGCUGGAUUCAAGGAGUGAUGUUUACAGCUUUGGAGUUGUUCUCUUGGAACUCUUGACUGGUCGAAAGCCUUUUGACUAUAAUUGUCCGGAAGAGGAACAAAGUCUAGUCACUUGGGCGAAACCAUUUCUUCGUAGCAGAAAGUUCAAACGGUGUGUUGACCCUAAACUAGAAGGAGAAUACCAUCUCACCGCAGUUAUGAAGACGGUGAAAGUGCAUCCUCGUGUUUGCACAAUGAUCCUAAAAAGAGGCCAAAGAUGA